UAUUGAAAUUGACGUUAUUGUCGCUGGCUUCACGCUGCUGGAAGCUUGGCAGAAGAGGUUUUUAGUUAGCCAACUAGCUAACAACUUCGCAGACCAUACUGUUUAAAAUAUAGCGCUUUAAGAAACAGGACAAUGUAUUUAGUCCGUGCGCAAGAUAAGGAGUAAUGUACAUAUAAACCCAGAUCACAUUUGGAGUACACAGCUUCGAAAGACUACACCUUUUUGAGAGACCUGGCCUUUCACUAGUCAUGAUGAGCCCCACACAGUGGGACCUACCCCCGGAGCUCUGCUGCAGACCCAUGGCUUUCGUGGCGCUGACGGGUCUGGAUGUGGUGUACAAUGCUGUGCACCGCGCUAUCUGGGACGCAUUCUGUGCCAACCGGAGAGCUGACCGUGUGCCCAUCUCUUUCAAAGUCCUGCCAGGAGACCACGAGUAUCCCAAGUGCCGCACAAAAAGAACCUCGUAUGAGUGGUACAUACCAAAAGGAGUUUUGAAGACUGGCUGGAUGAAUAAGCACUUGAACCUUGUGCCAGCUCUGGUGGUUCUCUUCUAUGAGCUAGACUGGGAUGAUGCGCAAUGGAAGGAGAAGCAGUCAGAGUGUGCCACCAAAGUGGAAAUUGUCAGAACAAGUCUGCAAGGCAGAAACACCAAGGUUGCUGUAGUCUUAAUCCAGAAGAAAACCCCUCUUCCUCCAGGGGAGGAUGUGGUGGCCUCUGAACGUGCUGCUGCCCUCUGUAACGCCUGUGACCUGUCAGGGAAGUCCCUGUUUGUCCUUCCCCACACUGACCACCUUGUGGGCUACAUCAUCAGGCUAGAGAAUGCCUUCUAUGAACAUGCCCAGACUUACUACUACACAGAAAUAAGACGAGUUAAGUCUCACAAGGAGUUCCUCAACAAGACAACCCACCAGUUACUGUUUGUGAGGCAUCAGUUUAAGAUUGGAUUUUUCAGCGAGCUCAAACAAGACACACAGAAUGCACUCAAAUACUACAGAACAGCGUAUAGCCUUGUGCAUGAGUUACGGGCUCAUGAAACCAACAUGUUGGAGAUUAAGACCAUGGCCGGCUUCAUCAACUACAAGAUCUGCAGGCUGUGCUUCCAGCACAACACCCCCCUGGAUGCCAUCGCUCAGUUCAGAAAACACAUCGACCUGUGCAAGAAGAAGAUAGGCAGCGCAGAGCUGGCGUUCGAACACACCGCCUGGAUGUCCAAACAGUUUCAGUCCUUUGGUGAUCUCUUCGACGAGGCCAUUAAGCUGGGCCUCACCGCCAUCCAGACCCAGAAUCCUGGCUUCUACUACCAGCAGGCGGCGUACUACGCCCAGGAACGGAAGCAGCAGGCCGGCCAGCUCUGCAGCCACGAGCCCAAUGCGGCUCCUCCAGCCCCAGACCCUCUGGAGACGACGGCAGGAGCGCUGGACUUCUACGGCCAGAGACCCUGGAGGCAGGGCCACCAGAGUAUUGAUCCUCCCGACGCAGAAAAGGAGAAACUGGGCAUUCUGGCUCUCCAGAUGAAGGAAAAAGACAUACCUCACUCGGAGUUGAUCAUUGCUUUGCUUAGCAAUGCAGUGGCCCAGUUCAAGAAGUACAAGUGUCCACGCAUGAAGAGCCACUUAAUGGUACAGAUGGGAGAGGAGUACUACCAUGCGAAGGACUACACCAAAGCCCUGAAGCUGCUGGACUACGUGAUGUGUGACUACCGCACGGAGCGCUGGUGGAGCCUGCUGACCUCCAUCCUCUGCACCGCCCUCAAGUGCUCCUACCUGAUGGGCCUCAUCAAGGACUACAUCACCUACUCCAUGGAGCUGGUGGGGCGAGCCUCCACCCGCGGUGAGCAGAAGUCCCGCAUUGAGAAGAACCUCAUCAAGGUGCUGAUGAACGAGGUGCCAGAACCAGAGCCUGACUGUGACCCAGCGUCAGUGAAGGCCGCUCAGGCCCUGUGGAACGACCGCGUCUCCCUGGCAGGAAGUAAUGAUUUGACAGUGGAUAUGCAGGAUUAUGUGCCCUUUGUUCAGUGUAAGGCCAAGUUCCUGUCUCCCAGUUUCCACGUGGAUGACCCAGUGCAGCUCCACGUCUACCUGAAGGCUGACUGUCCACACUCUCUACGCUUCUCCAAGCUGUGUGUGAGCUUAAGUAACCAGGAUUACAACCAGUACUGCCUGGUAGAGGAGCCUUGCAAGUCCCAGGACAUCCUGGAGCCAUCCACCCAGGAGAACAUGUGUCUAGUCCCCGGCAGGACACGCAAGUACUGCUUCAGGUUUGUGGCCAAGACCGAAGACGUGGGAAAGAAGAUAGAGAUCACAGGCGUGCACCUGAUGCUGGGCAGUGAGAAUGGCCGCUCUGUCUACCUCAACUGGCGAGGUGGAGGGGGUGAUGCGGCAUCUUCCCAUGAGGCUUUGCAGGCGUCCCGCUCCUUCAAGAGGCGUGGUCGUCUCCCGGAGCAACCGCCGGACUGGGACAUGGCGACCAUUCAGGCGAGCACCAUGGUCAUCUCCAGAGUUCCCCGUAUCUCCGUCCAGCUGCGUCACGAGCCCCCAGCGCUCAACAACGAGAUGUACUGCAUGGCUCUGACGGUCCAGUCUCACGAGGACAGCGUGGCCAGAGAGGUCAAGCUCACAGCCGGCCUCAAACCAGGCCAGGACGCAAACCUCACCCAGACGACCCAUGUGACCCUUAAUGGAAGCGAGGUGUGUGAUGACACCCAUCCAGCCCUGCUCACUGACCUCCCCAUCGGAGACCUGCAGCCUGGAGAGAAGAUUGAGAAGUCUCUGUACGUGCGCUCCGUCAGCACUGGCUCGCGCAUCUUCCUCUUCCACGUGGCCUAUACCAUGAGCACCACUGUGGAGGGCAAGGAGAUCACCUGCAAGUGUCACAAGGAUGAAACUGUUACCAUAGAAACUGUCAUUCCAUUUGAGGUGACCACCAGGUUUGUCUCUACAAAGUUUGAGAACCUGGACAGGGUUUUCAUGGACAUUCCCUUCUUGCUCAUGACUGACAUCUUGAGUGCGUCACCAUGGCCACUGCACCUGCAGACCAGCCGGCUGGACCUCGCUGCCACUAUGGCCGCCAUCGACCAGCCUGAGUCACAGGUGGAGGAUGUGGUGCUUCAGACUGGAGAGUGUGCCAGCGAGUGCUUCUGUCUCAAGAGUCCCCCGGUGCCCAGCGGCAGCACCACGGUGGCAUCAGGACAGUACAUCAUCUCCUGGAAGAGGAAAUCAGCCUGCGCUGCCACACCCGUGAUCAACACCGUCGUCACUCUUCCUCAUGUUAUGGUUGAAACCAUUCCGUUAUACGUGCAUGCCGACCUCCCGUCCUUCGGCCGUGUGCGUGAGUCUCUGCCUGUGAGGUACUCGAUUGAGAACCGCACCGCCCUGGUGCAGGAUGUGGAGAUGUCCGUGGAGCCCAGCGACGCCUUCAUGUUCUCCGGCCUCAAACAGGUGCGCAUGCGGAUCCUGCCGGGCACGGAGCAGGAGAUGCUGUAUAACUUCUACCCCCUGAUGGCGGGGUACCAGAGCCUGCCCCUGCUCAGCGUCUCCCUGCUGCGCUUCCCCAGCGUGCCUCCUCAACUGCUCCAGCGCUUCCUGCCCUCACGCAUCUUCGUCAAGCCUCAAGGGAGACCCGGUGACGACUCAAUAGCAGCCGCAUAGGACACGUUGGGAGUCUGUUGGUUGGCUUGGCAGUUUACUUGAGUACUUUGUGUGAAUGAAUUAGCCACUGUUAUGUUAUUACUGACAGGAUACAUUUCCAAGGCAAAAAUCAUAAUGUCCUGAAGUUUUUGUCUGUUAGUAGAUAAUGUUGCCUUUGUUUGGAUGUCAUUGGUCUCACUGUGUAUUUUAUCGUUAAUGUAUUUCUUCUUGUUACUAAAGCAUUUUAACAGACUUGGGUAAAAAUGGCAAAAAUACGUAAACACGGCUGUAAUUUAUGUUAAUCACUAAAGGUAAAGCAAAUUAUUAAACUUGUGGAGUGUCAACCUUGA